UAGGAUGGGAGAAGCUCUUCUAGAUUAAGCUAAUAUGCAAACGCUCAAGUAAAAGAAAAUGGAAGCAAAUAUCAACUUACAUUUGAAAACGCAGGCUUAAAAGGACACAGCAAAGCUGCUGCAGAUACCCAGCACUGCUCUGCUUUGAUCUGCUGCUGGAACCUAUGAGUCAUCUGCAUUGUUUGUCACUCUUCCCAUUGGCUGCCAGCAGACAUUUCCUGGUAGGACACUGUAACUCCUUAGUGCCUGCAGACUGUUUUCACGGGCUGAUUUAUUAGCUGCCUGUAACGAAUGAGAUGGAUGCUUUUUUCCUCACAGUCAGAGCUCUGAAGGAGGGAUCUGAUGAUGGGGACACGGCACCCGCGGGAAGCAGCGCCUCCUGGGGGAGAGUUCGGACUCGCUGUCAGGAGGGGAGACCCAGAGAGCUUCGUGGCUUGUGGGACAAACUAGGUUUAAAGUUGCUAUUCAAAACUCCAAAACGACAGGGGGUUUAUGCUGUUGAUCACAGUUCGGAACAGCGGUUCCAGUCCAUGUCACGUGCAGUCUUUGUACAGUAGUGGGCUUACUGUGUACACAGCAUCCUUCCCUUCUCUUGUCUUUCAUUUCUUUCUUAAUUUUGCCCCAUGUGACACUUGGCUUGCAGCUUAGUGCCAUUAGCCAUUCCUUAUCCCAUUUGGGAUCUUGCCAUUCAUAUUCCAUGAAAUUCUUUUGCAGUGCAUCCCAUUGAUGAAGGGAACCAGACAUUUUCUAACCCUAGGAUCCUACCAACUAUGGCAAGUUCUGUCAACUGAUGCUAUGGGGACAGGCAGGUACUUUAGGAAUCCGUGGCAGAAGGAAAUCAGACCACAGGGCUGUGGUUACACUUAGAGUUUUAGAAUUACAUGAACAAGCAAGCAGCAUAGCUUACUGUUACCUACAAGGGAGACUUCACUGCAGCCUUCCAGUACUCAAAGGUAGCUUAGAAGCAGGAGGGAGACCAACCUUUUGCAUGGUUUGAUACUGAUAGCACAAGGGGGAAUGGCUUUAGACUAAAAGAGGGGAGAUUUAGGUCAGCUAUUAGGAUGAAAUUCUUUACUCAGCGGGUGGUGGGGCCCUGGCACACCUGUCCAGAGGGGCUGUGGGUUCCCCACAUCUGGAGGUGCUCUAGGGCAGGUUAGUUGGGGCCAAUUCCACUUCUAGAUUUCCAGUGUCCCUACCCCUGGUGAUCCAGCACCCAACAGAAGGGCUGAAUCACACUGCUGGCAACUGGUUUGCUUGUGCAUUACUGACUGUCCACACAGCUGGUGCAUGAAAGAGGGAGAGAGAAGGAGGCUUGAUGUCAGCAGCUUGCUUCCAUGUGGUGGCUGUGUGCUGUAUGAUCACUUUGUACUCUCCCACCACCUGGAGCUGCUCAUCCUGUGCUGUGCUGGAGCCCCUUGGACCCUGGGUUAAACCAAGAUUGUUAGAAGCCCCUAGAUCUCUCACACUCUAUUGGCUUCCCUUAGUUUUGUCCUUUCCCCCUCCCAGUACAAUCCAGUUCUGCCCAGUCCUUCAUUAUAUUACCCAGUGGAGGAACCAAAACCAGUAAGAAGCUCUGUGGGGGCUGGGGGUUGGGGAAGUGAUAGCAGUGCCUUAUGACAGAGGGAGGGGGGACGUAGCCGAACAGGGGAAAAGAGGAGAUAUGAUGAUGGAGAGACAUGGGGAUUAUUGAGGGCUAGGAGGACGUGGGAUCUGCAGGGGCAUGGGGGCAUAGAAGAUUAUGGGAACACGGGGGAACGUAGAAUCAUAGAAUCAUAGAAUCACAAGGUUGGAAACAUGGGAACCUGAGGGACACAGGGAACAUAGGAGAUCAUGGAGACAUGAGGGACAUGAGAGAUAUGAGAACAUGAGGGUCAUGGAGUCACAACACAGAGCAUCAGGGAGGUGGCAUAGGCAUUGGGGACAGGCAUUGGGGACAGGUGCUGCUCCUCCAGAAUGUGACAGCAGUUCCCACUACCUACGUCAGUGGUUACAUGAAGUGAUACCACAACUUCCCUUUUUCACUCCAGAAAGGAGACAGCGGCUGAGGAUGAUGGAGACAGCAGAGGAGAAGGCGCGGCCCAGCACCGGGAUGUGUCCCUUCCACUGCUUCCCACCCCAGCUGCUGCUGCUGCUGGUGACAGUGACACUGAUGCCGAUGGUGCACCCAUAUGGCUUUCGCAACUGCAUUGAGGAUGUCAGGGCAUCUUUGCGCUUCCGCUGCAUCCAGCGCUUCCUGGAGUCACCGGCCCUGGCAGUGUCUGACCUGCCACCACAUGCCAUCUCACUCAAUCUGUCAUACAACUUAAUGCGCUGCCUGCAGCCCUCUGCCUUUGCCCGCCUGCCACAGCUGCACACCCUGGACCUGGCCCACAACCAACUGGAGACCCUCUCCCCUGGUGCUUUCAAUGGGUUAGGUGUGCUGGUGGUGCUGGACCUGUCUCACAAUCGGCUGACCACACUCGCCGAAGGGGUGUUCAACAGUUUGAGCAACCUGUCCUCGCUGUGGAUACAACAGAACCCCCUGAGCACGGUGUCACCUGGUGCUCUGCUCCCCCUGCUCAACCUGCGCCGUCUGUCUUUGCGGGGUGGGCAGCUGAACGGCUUGGGGGUGGUGGCAGUGGCGGUGCAGGGCUUGGCACAACUGGAGCAUUUGGACCUAUGUGAAAACAACCUGACAACGCUGGGGCCAGGCCCACCACUACCUGCCUCGCUGCACACCCUGCAGCUGUGCAACAACUCGCUGGGGGAGUUAGCAGGGGGUAGCCCAGAGAUGCUACGGCACGUGAAGAUACUCGACCUCUCCUACAACAGUAUCUCACAGGCAGAGGCCUUCACCCAGCUCCACCUGCGCAACAUCAGCCUGCUCCACCUGAUGGGCAACCCCUUGGAUGUCUUCCGCCUGUUGGACAUUUCUGACAUCCAGCCUCGCAGCCUGGAUUUCUCUGGGCUGGUGCUGGGGGCUCAUGGGCUGAAAAAGGCGUGCCUGAGUCUGCAGGGUCCCCAGCCCUUGCAGCAGCUGCGGCUACAACGCAAUGGACUGAAGGUGCUUCCGUGUAAUGCGCUGGCAUCGUGUCCUGUGCUGCGAGAGCUGGACCUGUCCUGGAACCGGCUGCAGCAGGUGGGCUGUGCUGGCAAGCUGCUGGGCAAGAAGCAGCAGGAGGAGCUGGAAGUGCUGAAAGUGGAGCACAACCUGCUGAAGAAACUGCCAUCUUGCCAGGGGGCCCAGGUGCUGCCACGGUUGCACAACAUUUCCUUCCGCUUUAACCGCAUCCUGACUGUUGGGUUCCGCGCCUUUGCCUAUGCCCCAGCCCUGCAGGUGUUACAGCUCAAUAUUAACAGCCUGGUGUUGCUGGACAGGGAGGCACUGUGGGGGCUGCACAACCUGACAGAGCUGCGUCUGGACAACAACCUGCUGACUGACCUCUACAACAACUCCUUCACUGACCUCCACAGCCUGCGCACCCUCAACCUGCGCAACAACCGUGUCUCUGUCCUCUUCCCUGGUGUCUUCCAGGGGCUGUCCGAGCUGCAGACGCUGGAUUUAGGGGGCAACAACCUGCGUCACCUGGCCCCACAGUCACUGCAGGGACUGUCCAAGCUGCGCAGGCUGUACCUGGACCGCAACAGACUGUUGGAAGUGAGCAGUAGAGUGUUCGCCCCGGUGCAAGCUACCCUCGGGGUGCUGGACCUGCGGGCCAACAACCUGCAGUACAUCUCACAGUGGCUGCACCAGCCACCACCCUUCCGUUACCUGAGCAGCCUGUACGACCUUAAACUGCAGGCACAGCAGCCCUAUGGGCUGAAGAUGCUGCCUCACCACUUCUUCCAGGGCUUGGUGGAGCUGCAGCGGCUGUCGCUGUCACAAAACAUGCUGCGGGCCAUCCCACCAGACGUCUUCGAGGACCUGGGCAAGCUGCAAUCCCUGACAUUGGCUGACAGCAGCAAUGGGAUACAUGACCUGCCUGACGGCAUCUUCAGAAACCUGAGCAACCUGCAGUUCCUGGACCUGGAGAAUGUAGGUCUGCACUCACUCACUCUGGAGGUCUUCGGCAACCUCAGCCAGCUGCAGGUGCUGCGCUUGGCCAGAAAUGAGCUGAAGACCUUCAAUGCCAGUGUUGCCAGCCGGCUGUCCUCCUUGCGCUACCUGGACCUGCGCAAGUGUCCACUGAGCUGCACCUGUGACAACACGUGGCUGCAGGGCUGGCUGAACAACAGCCGUGUGCAGGUUGUCUACCCUUACAACUACACCUGCGGCUCACAGCGCAAUGCCUACAUCCACAGCUUUGACACACGCGUCUGCUUCCUGGACCUGGGGCUCUACCUCUUUGCUGGGACUGCACCAGCAGUGCUGCUGCUGCUGGUGGUGCCGCUGGUGUACCACCAUGCCUAUUGGAGGCUGAAGUACCACUGGUACCUCCUGCGGUGCUGGGUCAACCAGCGGUGGCGGCGGGAGGAAAAGCGCUACCUCUACGACAGCUUUGUGUCCUACAAUUCAGCUGAUGAAAGUUGGGUGUUGCAGAAGUUGGUGCCUGAGCUGGAGCGUGGUGCCUUCCGACUCUGCUUGCACCACCGCGACUUCCAGCCGGGCCGCAGCAUCAUUGACAACAUCGUGGAUGCUGUCUACAACAGCCGGAAAACAGUGUGCGUGGUGAGCCGCAGCUACCUGCGCAGCGAGUGGUGCUCUCUGGAGGUGCAGUUGGCCAGCUACCGGCUGUUGGAUGAGCGGCGUGACAUCCUGGUACUGGUGCUGCUGGAGGAUGUGGGUGAUGCUGAGCUGUCUGCCUACCACCGCAUGCGACGGGUGCUGCUGCGGCGCACCUACCUGCGCUGGCCUCUCAACCCCACAGCUCAGCCACUCUUUUGGGCACGGCUGAAGAGGGCACUGAGGUGGGGAGAGGGAGGAGAGGAGGAGGAAGAAGAAAGUUCGGGUGGAGGGACAGGAAGGCCCAGGGAGGGAGACAAGCAGUUGUAGUGGAAGUGUCAGCUGGCUGUAGGAUGGAGGAAAAUCAGCUGUAGGGUGGAGGACAACAGCUGGCCAAAAUGUGAAAGAGAACCAUCCAUAGAGUGGAGGACAGCAACUGGCCCAAGGGUGGAAGAGAACCAGUGAUAGGACGGACAGCAACUAUCCAUAUAGACAACCAGUCGUAGGAUGGAGUGCAACAGCUGCCCAUAUAGAAGACUACAGUUGACCAUAGGGUUGAGGAGAACCAGCCAUAAGAUGAAGGACAACUGAUCAUAGGGUGGAAAACCUGUAGAUGGGAGGAAAGCUGUCUGUAAGAUGGAGGACAUCCAACCACAGGGCCAUAGUGAGGAAAGCAACUGGCUGUGCAGAGGAGAAGUAACCACAGGGAGAACCACAACAGGGCUUUUCUCAUCCCAAAAUGCCAGGUUCCCUUCUUAAAGGACACCAGAAUGGCCUUUCUCACUCCAAAUACUCAGAUCUGACAAUUCAGAUGACUGUCAAAAUUCUUAUGUAUUGUAGAAUUAGAUUCUGAGAUACCCCUCCAAACAGGCCCAAGAACAACCUUUCUCACUCUAGACUGUUCCCCUCCUCAGACUGGCUUUUCUUGCCUCAAAAUGCUUGUACCCAUCCCAAAGGACCCCAGAAGUGCUCUUCUUCCCCAGAGCAGAGUUUCUGGGAUCCCACAAGGCAUUGUCACCCUGGGGUGCAGAAGGCUCUGUUGUGCACAGAGAGGGGUCCCCAAUAAAGAAAGGCUCCCCCCAUUUCACUUGUCCCUUGCUAUGGUCAUAUGUGGGGUGAGGUGGAAUUGGGAUGGCAUUUUGUGGAGCCUGACAAUGGCACAGUCAGAUGAGGGGAGCACUGUCCCUGAGUUCUUUUUGGCCAUUGUUUGGGAUUCUGGCUGCAAAAUGGGGGGAAAACAGAUUUUGAGCUCUGAGGUGGAAGAGCCCAGGAGGUCUCAAACUCCCACAAACCCUCUCAGUAUCACCACAACCCCCCUAGAGCUCCCAUUUCCCCUUUGGAAAGCCCUAGUGUAAUCAGCCUCUCCUGCCUCCAGGGUUCCUCCAGGCCCUGCAUUCUCCUCCAGAACAUACCAGUACCCCAUUAUCCCCCUCCCGAAGUUCUCUUUUCCCUUCGAACACCUUUAAUAUCCCCAGAGACACCUGGAGUUCCCCCAGAACCACUCCAGAGUCCCCUGUUUACCCACCACUGCCCUCAGAACCCUCUAUUGACAUGCCUUCUCCCCAACCAGAACACAUAUUUCCCCUCUCAGAGCCCUCCGACAAUCCCCAGACCCCACAAGAUCAUCCCAGGAUUCCCAUUUCCCCUCCACUGUCUCCCAUUACCACCCCCUUUCCCCAGUAUCUCCAGUUCCCACACAGGAUUCCAGCUUCCCACACAGACACCCCAUUCAUACCCCUGUGGUAUCACUGCAGGUGCUGGGGGAGAAACGCUGAAGAAGUGGUCAGUUGCCUUGGGACCACAGAACUGCGGCUGGGAUGCAACAGCUGAGACCCCAGCAGCAGCAGCCAUUCCCCCAGCCACAGUGCAGCUGCCAGAUGUGAGGAAACCUUCCAGGCCACCAAGUGUGUAUACAGGAGGGGCUGGUAUGUGGCCAAGUACCAAACAUCGAAACACAGAAUUAUUAAGGCUGGAAAAGACCUCUCAGAUCCGCAACCCCAGCCCACUCCCACCAUGCCCACUGCCCAUGUCCCUC